AUGGCCAAUGGUGGAGGGUCGACGCUCGGCUCCCUCCACAGCACCGUCUAUUUUGACGAAAAUGAUUUCGACGAUGACUUGGAUCUCGACGACCUUGAUGAUCCCUUUCCAAUCACUGCGCCGACGACAACAUUUUCAAGGCCAGACCCGGUUACAUAUCCCAAAAUUCAGUCGGCAUCAACCACGACCGUAGACAGCAAGCUACUGCCAAAUGUCACAUACCCGGAUCUUCCACCCGCAUCUCAGGAUCAUGCUCCACCUUCGAGUAGCGUUCAGAUUCCAUGGUCAUCCUCGCCCCCGUCCCAUUUCCAACCGCCUUCCAAGGUGCGUCCUUUGCCGUGGCUACAGGCAGGCAGGAGAGAGCCAAGUCAUGAAACCAAGAACAGCCUCAUCACCCCUAAACGCACCAAACCUACGGAUAUUUGGAACAAGAGUGCCAGCGCCAUUAAGGAGGAGCAGAAGGAACUAAGGCGGGAAUAUAAGAAAACCCAAAAAGAAACAAUGCAAGAUUUGGCAGCUGAGAACUCGCAAAGCAACAAGUCUUUGGCUAUCUUCCUUAGCGACGAACAAAAUUCUGUGCUUGAGGCUGUCGUCGAACGUGGAAAGAGUAUUUUCUUCACUGGUUCGGCAGGUACCGGAAAAUCGGUUCUUAUGAGAGAAAUCAUCAAGAAGUUGCGCACGAAAUACAAAAGAGAACCAGACCGCGUGGCAGUGACGGCCUCGACUGGACUCGCUGCCUGUAAUAUCGGGGGUGUCACAGUUCACAGUUUUGCUGGUAUUGGACUUGGCAAAGAGGCAGUUCCAGAAUUGGUCAAAAAGAUCAAGAAAAAUCAGAAGGCACGGGCCCGCUGGCUACGCACAAAGGUCCUCAUCGUUGAUGAGGUGUCAAUGGUUGAUGGUGAUCUGUUCGAUAAGCUCGAGGAAAUCGCCCGACUCAUCCGAAACAAUGGUCGGCCAUUUGGAGGCAUCCAGCUGGUGGUCACUGGUGAUUUUUUCCAACUGCCCCCCGUGCCAGAGAAGGGCCAAGUCGCGAAGUUCUCCUUCUCUGCAGCAACGUGGAAUACUACCAUUCAGCACACCAUUCUCCUGACUCAUGUUUUCCGUCAACGUGACCCGGAGUUUGCGGCGAUGCUGAAUGAAAUGCGAUUGGGUAAAAUCAGUCCUGCGACAAUCGAUGCUUUCCGAAAACUCUCCCGGCCUCUCAACUUUCACGAUGAGCUUGACGCGACUGAACUAUUCCCCACUCGCCAAGAGGUCGAAAAUGCCAAUACUGCUCGUAUGAACAGGCUGUCUGGUGAAAUGAUGACAUUUACCUGCGUCGAUAGCGGGACUAUCAAAGAUGAAAAAUGGCGCGAUAACUUGUUGGCUAAUUGCAUGGCUCCGCCAGUCAUCAAACUCAAAAAGGGCGCUCAAGUCAUGCUGAUCAAGAACAUGGAAGAUACCCUGGUGAAUGGAUCUAUUGGCCGAGUAGUAGCCUUCAUGGAUGAGGCAAGCUUCGACUACUAUCGCACCAACGAGGACGAAUUCCACCCUGCUGGAGAGAACAUUGGUGAUGAAGAAGAUAGUGCCGCUCGUGCACGGAAAAAGCUUAAGGCCAUGGCCCACAAGGAAGGUGGCCCAGCCGUAAUCACGCGGAAAUGGCCUCUGGUGUGUUUUUCCCAACCCGAUGGCACAGAAAGGCACCUGCUGUGCCAGCCCGAGGCAUGGAAGAUCGAACUUCCCAACGGCGAAGUGCAAGCUCAACGUGUGCAAGUGCCCUUGAUUCUGGCGUGGGCUCUCUCUAUUCACAAGGCUCAGGGUCAGACACUACAGCGAGUCAAAGUUGACUUGGGCCGAGUCUUUGAAAAGGGACAGGCAUAUGUAGCUCUCAGUCGAGCGACUUCUCAGGCCGGUUUACAAGUCACUCGAUUUGACCCCCGCAAGGUAAUGGUCCAUCACAAAGUGGUAGAAUUCUACGAUAACCUUGUCUCGAUUUCCUCGGUGCUCGGGCCGAAGGUUAAGAAGGCCAGUACUUCAAAACCCGCCGAGGAGUUUGAUGAUGACUGCUUUGAGGUAUAG